AUGGUGGCGACGGCACCGAACCCCGACGAAGGGAGGGGACAGCACUUCCGGACACUGGAGCUGUCCGUCAAGAAGUCGGGUGUCGCUUCAGUUGGCGCUCUGCUGACCUCGCUCCUUGUCACGCCGCUUGAAGUCGCGAAGACACGGCUUCAAGCACAAGGGCCAGCUUCAACUAUUGUCACUGCCAAUACAUCGACGGUCAACUACUGCCAUUGCACGCACUUCCAGUUCUCCAAUGGGCUCAUGGACCACAUGAUCUCGAAACAAAAUAGUCGCCUUUUUGCCGAUGCCACGACCAAGACUUUCCCAUUCGCGUGUCCAGUUCAUAAUGCUCCAGCUCCGGUGCAACUGCGAGGCACGCUGCACGCGCUCAGCCACAUCGUUCGGACUGAAGGCGUCAGCGCUUUGUAUGCUGGCCUGCCACCUACGUUGCUCAUCGCUGUCCCUUCCACGGUCUUUUACUUCACGUCGUACGACCUGCUGCAUGCCGCUGCCAAGCGACAGUACCCAGACCAUGCUACACUUGUUCCUUUUGUCGCCGGCAGCCUUGCCCGAUGUGUCGCCGCCACAGUCGUGUCACCACUCGAGCUCAUUCGAAUUCGAAUGCAAGCAACGGCCAAUGCCGGCUCCUUCGUGGCAGUCAUCCGACGAAGUGUUGCCAGUGGAAUCUUCACGCUGUGGAGAGGCCUCGUGCCCACCCUAGCUCGCGACGUCCCAUUUUCAGCCAUGUACUGGGGCUUAUUCGAAAUGGUGAAGACGCACUUGACGGCGUUGCCUGCGUUGCAGGCGAGGGAGAACUCGUCGCAAACUCAGCUUGGGAUAGCGUUUGUGUCAGGGGCAUGUUCUGGCGCGCUCGCGUCCGUCGUCACUCAACCGUUUGACGUAGUCAAGACAAAGCAGCAGAUCGAAACAUUUUCGUCGAUGACAGAACCAACCAAACCGCCAAAAGUGUGGCGCCUGAUGCGGGAGAUUGUUCAGUCCGAAGGUGUGGGGGGGCUCUUCACCGGGCUCAGUGCACGCGUGGCAAAAGUCGCCCCGGCAUGUGCUGUCAUGAUUUCGACGUAUGAAGCAGGCAAACAGUACAUGAAUGUUGACCACUUCGGAUUUGUACUCCCCCGUGCCGCUCGUGGCGAAGAUUGGAUGUCUGCAGGUAUCCGUUGCAUAGUUCCGAUCGCUCUGUGCCUCGUCGCAGUGCGAUGCGCCAAUGCUCAUCCACACAUGCGUCUGCCAGAGCACGACCCGAUCCCAGCGAUCCACGGGUUGAUCUCGCGAGCGUUGGGGCCGCAUUACCUUGACCAAAUUGAAUUGAAAGUGACCGAGAAAGAUGUGCGUGGCCAUGAUAUAUCGUCGUUUGACGGACACAAUGGCCGUCUCCGUGUGAUGGGCUCGAGUGCCACAGCGAUGGGGUUUGCCUUGCAUAAGUACCUCAAGGACGUUGUUCACACACAAGCCGACUGGGAUAAUCACGCCUUGGUCGUCCCACACACCCUCCCUCUUCCCACCGCUCCCGUCUCCAUCGCAAAGAAUACCAAGUUCACGUAUUAUCUCAACGUGGUCACGACGAGCUACUCGUUGUGGACGUGGGAUUGGCCGCAGUGGGAAAAACACAUCGACUGGAUGGCACUCCAAGGGAUCAACUUGCCGCUGGCGUUCACCGGGCAGGAAAAGAUCUGGCUCGAGACGUUCAAGCGGUACAACGUGUCGACCGGUGGUAUGCAGCACUUUUUUGCCGGCGCGGCGUUCCAAGCUUGGGGUCGGAUGGGCAACAUCCGCGACAGCUGGGGUCCGUUCGGUCCGAUUCCGUUGGACUUUAUCGAGGAUCAGUACCGCCUUCAGCUGCGUAUCCUGGAUCGCAUGAAGGAAUUCGGCAUGCUUCCGGCCCUUCCCGCGUUUGCCGGCCAUGUCCCCGCCGAACUCGUCGAGUUAUACCCUCACGCAAAUGUGCGGCAGUCAUCGCAGUGGGCUGGAUUUCCAGAGAAGUUUACGUGUGUGCACAUGCUCGAUCCAACGGACCAACUUUUCCUCGACAUUGGGCGGACCUUUAUCCAAGUGCAAACCCAACUCUACGGCGGGUAUACAUCUUCAGUGUACCAAACUGACACGUACAACGAGCUGGUGCCCCAUACUUCAGACCUGGCCUACCUUCGUGCGUCGUCGAAAGCUGUGAUCGACAGUAUGUUGGCAGCAGACCGGAAUGCCGUGUGGAUCAUGCAAGGAUGGCUCUUCUACUUCAUGAAGGACUUCUGGACCAACGACAAGAUUGAAGCGUAUCUUGGUGGCGUCGCCAACGACCGCCUCAUCAUGUUGGAUCUGUGGACCGAAUCGUUUCCAGUGUGGAGUCGGACGUCCAACUACUUUGGCAAGCCAUGGAUUUACUGUCUGCUACAUACGUUUGGCGGCAACUUGGGGCUUCAUGGGAACCUCCCCAAGCUAGCGUCGGACCCGAUCACGUCCUUGGCGGCAAGCAAUGGCCAAAUGAUUGGCCUCGGGCUCACCAUGGAGGGCAUUUUUCAAAACUACAUCGUGUACGACCUCGCGCUGGAGAUGGCGUGGCGCAGCCAUCCCAUGCAGUUAGAUGCAUGGAUUCAGUCGUAUGUUCACCAACGAUACCAUGUCGUGAACGAACAUGCACUCAAGGGGUGGGCAUUCUUGAUGUCGUCCGUGUAUCGCGACGAAGGACUGGUAGGGUCUCUAGCGACGACUCGCCCUCGAUGGCACCUGGCCGUGAACGACACCGACUCGGACGGCAACUUGAUGUUGCCCAAACGACUCACAUCGAGCGCUGUGCAUUCGGCAUGGAGAGAGUUGAUUUUGGCCGCAGCUGAUGGCCAGUUGGCCGACGUCGACGCCUUCCAGCACGAUCUUGUGGAUGUGACACGACAAGCACUCAACAACAUCAUGGUUGAGCAGUACGUGACCCUCGUCAAGCUGUACAAUAGCCCGAAUGUGGAGGCGGCAGUCGUAUGCUCGGCAGCAAAUCAUAUCAUGGUCCUGCUUGAAGACAUGGACGCGAUUCUGGCGACCAACUCGGCGUUUCUAUUGGGCCGAUGGAUUCGAGAUGCCAAAGCACGAGGCACACCCGCAACUGCUGGCUACUUUGAGUACCAAGCUCGUAACCAGCUGACUCGGUGGGGCGUCGGAGCGUUGAACGACUACGCUAACAAACAGUGGGCCGGCUUGGUGGCGCAAUAUUACGGCACACGUUGGCGCAUUUGGUUGAUGGCUGUGUGCGACGCAAGAGAAGCUGGAAAGCCCACGGACGAUGACAAGAUCGACAAUCAAUUGAACGACUUCGAACUGAAGUGGCAGACCCAAACGGAUGCGUUUCCCACUGACCCCGUUGGCAACUCCAUCGAAAUCGCGACGACAUUGUACGCCAAGUACGGCAACAUGUAUCGCGUGGAACUGCUCGAGGUUCGCGACACCGACGCCAGUCUCCAAGACUUGUAAAUAAAUUCUCAUGCAGUCGCAUCUUUGUCGAUCCUUCACUGUUGUGGGGUGUUCACAAUCCGUACAUAGCCCAGCAAGUCCAUCGUAGUCCGGAGCGAGGCGAGAAUGACUUGUUCGUGAGGUGCACAGUUGAGUUGGCACCCUACAAACGUAUCCACGGCGGCGAUCGGUGCUUGUUCG